AUGUCGGAUUUGUUGCGCCGCCAAAGCAGCUCUUCUAGUACCACAUUCACAACGUCAAGAGCCAACUCUUCAUCCUACGUUUCGUCCAAGAGCAGCGAUCCAAUGCAGAGACCUCAUCAUGUCAGCUUCUCUUCCUUUUUGCUCUGGCUCAAGGAGCAUCCCGCCUCUUCCAAGGUCGGUUCUGAAAAUCUGGCCCGGUUCCUCUUGGUCAAGAGCGUUUCACUUAUCGCCGCCUGCCUCGGUUGUGUCUAUGGUCUCGUCUUUGACCGACAGCCCUCCAUCUCCGCCUGCUCCUUGCUCCUGUUUUUCUUGCCGGCAGUCCAAGGGUUUACUGGUGCGACUCGUCUCUGUGGUCUCAUCCUCUCGUUUGCCCUCGCGUCAGUCUUUCUCAACCUUCAGACCCGAUCAAUGCCCUUGGUCGGCCCCAGUCUUGAGACGACACUCCUCUUUGGCCUGCCUAUGGUGACAGGAAUGCUUGUCGGUCGCAAGGUCGGUUUGGCUACUUGCAUUGCCGUUAUCUGUUACUCUAUCGAGGAGUACCGCUCCAAGACCCUGAAUACCAACCUUUCGGAGGACGAGGCUUCCCGUAUUUGGGCUGGCUUUGGUGCCUACUGGAUCUCUCUCCUGUUUAUGGGUGCCUUGACAUGCCUCUAUCAGUGGUGUGUCGAGGUUUGUGUGCGAGAUGCCAACCUUUUCAAGGACAUUGCAGUUGCCAAUGCAAAGUCCAAGGACGGUGUCGUCUCAUCGGUAUCGCACGAAUUGAGGACUCCCCUCGCUGCUUUGAUUGGCUGGACUGAGCUCUUAAUGAGCGACCAGACCCUCAGCUCAGGCGCGCAGUCAACCGUCUCGAUGUUGCACUCCUCGACCCUCUCGCUCCUGACCAUCCUCAACGCCUUGCUGGAUGUCUCCAAGGUCUCUGCUGCAAAGAUGACCAACUGUAGCCAAAACUUCAACCUGCACGAUCUCGUUCUCGACACAGCCAGGAUGAUGACUGGCCUGUCUGGCACCCGCACCGUCGAGCUCUUGGUUGAUUUCAGCGCACAAGUGCCUGAGCUUGUCCGUGCCGACCCUGGAAUCAUCAAGCAAGUCCUUGGCAACCUCAUUUCCAACGCCAUCAAGUUCACCAAUGUCGGUUAUGUCAAUGUCGGAGUUUCCCUCAAGGACGAGGACGACGACACGGUAACGGUGGAGUUUGUAGUUCAGGACACCGGCAAGGGAAUCGCAGACGAACAAAAGGAUAAACUUUUCUGCGAGUUCAGUCAGGUCGAGGGCGGCAACUGCAAGAACCACGAGGCAGGAACUGGUCUUGGCCUCUUUUUGGUCAAGAGCCUAGUCGAGGUCAUGAACGGCACUGUCUUUGUCGACAGCAAGCUCGGCGUCGGAUCGACCUUUGGAUUCGAGAUCAAGAUGGAGAAGCAGUAUCUGGCCUUCAGAACUCCUGGUUACGACCAUGUCGUGACCGUCUCCUCCGCCUUUCCUGCCGGCCAGGACAUGAACCUCUUCUCGCCCAUAAUUCCCGUCACUCCUGGUCUUGCCCGGAGCACCACCCCCAUGGCCAAUUGCCGCGUAACUCCCGCUUCGACUCCCUCUGCUGCCCAGAGCGAGGCCAGGGAUUACUUUGCUCUCCAGCCUGCCGAGGUCACUCGAGCCAACGCCAACAACAUUACCCUCCGUACUCGCGACAACAACUUUCUCUCCAACCGACAGUACUACCUCCACUCUCAGUGCGGCUUCUUUGAAGAGUUCUUGUGGAGCACAUCGACCGAACGCUGGAAGGCCCAGGCCGUCCGCAAGCUGUCCUUCAACGAGUGCACCCAGGGCUGGCAGACGGAUUUUAAUCAGGAGGACAGCAUGACUCUGUUUGGCGAUGUCUUUUUGAUCGAUCUCAGCCCAACGACCAAUCGAGAGACCACCGCUGUGUUGACCGACCAGGAUCAUGCGCGCCUCUUUUUAGCCAAGCUUUCGCAGCUGCUCGUGGACCGUGCCAAGGGACGUAUAGGUACCGCCCGCCAGGCCUCGAUUGUCUUGUUCUAUCCCUUCGGUCACCCACCUUCACUUGCGCAGGAGCCAUUGUUAUCCUUGGGACAGUACUACCAGAUUUCUCUUUGCCGCAAGCCCGUCACGGAGAGAGCUUUGGGAGCUAUUAUCAAGAAGCAGGUUGUGACCCUCCAGGCUGCCGUCGCAGAGUGCGUUCAGACCCCUAAGACUCCUGCUUGCCCGUUUUCUCUCUCCGGCAACGACUCAAUUUGCCGUCACCUUGUCUCAGAGACGAUCGAUAGCUCGAUCUCUCAGUCAUCGUCGUCUGACGAGGGAUCGUCGGUGACUCGCCAGUCUGCAGGCAUCUCUGCCACAACGGGAGCUCUUCAAAAGGAUAAGCCUGCUCGCGAGGCGUCUUUGACCUCUAAGACUCCUUUCUCCACUGCCACUCAGGCCUCGCACGUCCGAUUUGCCAAGAGGAACGGCUCUGUUCCUCGUCUUGCCUUGAGUAGUGACGGCGUGGCCCCACCGGCGUCGUCAUCCUCCCCCUCGCCUUCGAUCGACAAAGCGCAGGCCAAGAAGGGCUUGUUCAAACGCCCUCUGAACAGUGCUCAGCAGACUCGACCCAGUUUGGCCUCCCAACAGAGCAUUCAGGGCUUGAAUGCAGCUGGCAAGCGCGUCUUGAUUGUAGACGACAACUCGUUCAACCGCAACCUUCUCUUUCACCAAUUGACCAAGCUGGGUGUCUCCAAGAUUGACCAGGCUGGCUCUGGUCAAGAAGCUGUUGACAUCUUCAUCCCUGGCACUCACGCGUUGGUGUUGAUGGACCUUAAGAUGCCGACCAUGGGUGGUUUUGAGGCAACGUCUUUGAUCCGCAAGAAGGAGGUGGCUCACUGGAGCCCUAUCGCUAUCCAGCGACCGACCAAGAAUUGGACAGAUGCCUCUAAGCCCGAAACGGACCCUUGGUCGCCUGAGCGAUUUGUCGCCGCUCCAGAGAUUUCGGAGCGACGCAGCAACGGCAGCGGCAGCGGCGAAGGCGAAAAGAGGAGCGCUGACAGGAAGGCUCAGUCUGAAGUGAGCAAGUCGGCGACCGUCAUUGCUGUUACCGCCGACUGGACGGCUGAGAUUGGCGAGGACCGUGAGAAGGCAGUGACCGGCGGCUUUGACGAUGUUAUGGUUAAACCCAUCUCGCUACCUUCUCUUUCGGUCCUUUUGGAGCGCUACAUGGAUUACCGCAACUAA